AUGACUGACUCGAAGCUACGACAGGACUUGUUAAAAAUACCUGAACUGAGCAUGGAUAAAUGCAUAGAGAAUUGUCGCGCAGCUGAACUAUCAAAAGAACGAAGUAAAGAGAUCGAAGACAACGAUAGAAUUUAUGUGCACCAGAAGAGUUUCAACGACGCCAAUAUCGUGUUAUAGAGAAUCUUCCAGGGGUGGUAGCAAUUCAUGAUGACAUCCUGGUGAUUGGCAACGGUGCUACGCGUGAAGAAGCACAGCGAGAUCAUGAUGUGAAAGUUCAUGCAUUAAUGCGUCGAUGUCGUGAGAAGAACACCACGUUGAAUGCAGAUAAAGUCAAACUGAGUUGUAAUGAAGUUACAUUCAUGGGUCAUUUGUUGACAGACGAAGGACUGAAGCCUGAUCCAGACAAGGUGAGAGCAAUCUUAGAGAUGCCUAAGCCAACAGAUGUAGCUGCAGUUCGUAGAUUGAUUGGUUUUGUGAACUAUUUACAAAGAUUCUUGCCGAACCUGAGUGGA